GCUCCUAGAUGUUUCCACUUCACAACAACAGCACUUGACCGGGGCAGCUCUAGCAGGGCAGAAAUUUGGCAAACUGACUUGUUGGAAAGGUGGCAUCUCUAUGAGGCGCUACAUUGAAAGACUCUGAGCUCUUCAGUAAGGCCAUUCUGCUGCCGAUGUUUGUCUAUGGAGAUUUUAUACACCGAUUUUAUACACCUGUCAGCAACAGGUGUGUGUGAAAUAGCCGAAUCCACUUAUUUGAAAGGGUGUCCACAUACUUUUGUAUAUAUAGUGUAUUUUAGUGCUGUUGCAAUUUUGUGUGUUACAGGGACUCAUUGUAAUAUUUUGUCUUACCAGUGUGUCAUUCAGUGUAUUACCAAUGAUAGACAUCUUAUAUACAUUUUACAGAACAAAUUGCCAAAUCUCUGGUAAGUUAUGUGUCAAAUGUACAGUUUUCAUUGGUUUGCAAUUGUGGUGACAAUAAUACAUGGGUUUGCUUGCAGCCAACAGUAGUAGCCUGUAUGUCUGUAUUCUUCUGUAUCUCACAUUGGUCGGGGAGGCUGCGAUGUGCGUAAAUUGAUGAGAUUUACUUUGAGCAUUCAUAUUCCUGCUGGUCUUUGAAUGUGCUGUUGCUCAUGCCAGAUACGAAUAAUAUUUGGAGAUAUUUGCGUUUAUUCUCAAUACUUUCCUGCGACAGACCCGCUUGCUUUGGAGUCGUCGACGCCUCAACAGUUAACGGGAUGCCGGAGCAGUGACAAAUGGUUGGCCCAGCUCCCGGUGAAUUCGCUUCUCAUGUGAAGGCACGACAGAAGACCGUUCAGCCGCAGUUGGCCUUCUGCUUGGGUGAAGGUGACUCGCUUCGCCGCUGAGGAGAGAGAUGCAGAGAAGAAGCUGCAAGCCGUACACUACUUGCUGUCGUCCUGCAAGCUGAACAUACGAAUAUUAUAGAUAGGCUGUCCGUGGGAUUUUAUCAGUGACUGUAUGCAUGUGUUCUGCACCGAACGGGCGCAUUAACCGCCCCAGAUCCGCAGCGAACAUUUUCCAGCUCGGCAAACCACCGCAGAGGGACCCCGAGCGCCGGGAGAGCACCGAGAGCGCGCGGAAAGCCCAGCGGGCCGUAGGCGACUGUAGGAUGACUGUCCAAGAAUUCAACACUCUAGUGGCGCUGUACCGAGAACAGGUCAUCUCUAUUGGGGAGAUUUCUGCCGAUUGUCCCUCUUUACGGGCCGUGCUGCACCGUACCAGGACCAAAGGAUGCGCUAUGGCCCAAGCUGCUCAUCAGAACCUCACCGUGAUAUCUGGGUCUGGGCCAGAGGAUGGGGAGAUCCACCCAGAGAUCUGCCGGCUCUUCAUCCAGUUGCAGUGCUGCCUGGAGAUGUUCAUCACGGAGAUGCUCAAGUCCAUGUGUCUAUUGGGGGUACUGCAGCUCCACAGGAAAGGAAAGGAUUCGUACCCGGAGCCCAGGCUGGACUUCAAGAUGGAUGAGAGUUCUGAUGUACCCAUCCUGGAGGAGCGCUCCUCCUCACCUGUGGACUACCAACAUGAGUCCUGGCUAGUGUGCACCGAUAUUGAAAACAUAGAGAGGGACAUGCGAGAGAUGAGAAACCUACUCAGCAAACUUAGGGAGACCAUGCCUUUACCACUAAAAAACCAAGAUGACAGCAGUCUGCUGAAUCUCACUCAAUACCCACUAGUCAGGCAGAGGAAGAGGCGCUUCUCUGGGUUCUGCUGCCUGGUGUCUGGCUGAGUCAGUCGGGUCCUGCAGGCAGCAGCAAGGGCAGCACACCAACCCUACACAACACCUUACAUGUUAUUACUGCCAUUUGGGGAAGGAACUUUCUGAUCAGUCUGUCUUUAUUUUGUAAUAUGAUUAUAUGUAGAAAAAGCUAUUCAAAUAUAAUGUUACAAACAUGCAUAUUUUGCUAUUAUAUUAUUCAAGCUGUCUCUCUUUGUAGAAAAGGAGGACCCUUAGGUCUAUAGACGAGCACAAACAGAUGUGCCAAACUGAUGCCAUGAGAGAUGCAGUAUGUUGGUAGACAGCUUUGCCUUUAGACAUCUUCCUCAGAAUGUCAUUAUAUUUCUUCACUGUGCAAUGCUUCUUUUGCAGUCUUCCAUGAAAAGGAAAUCUGUCUCCAACUUACUUUUUCCAUCACAAGGGCUUUGCAAUGCUCCAUAUCAAAAACAUUUCUCAUUUAAUGUAAAUACAGUAUAUAAAUGGUGGUAAAUGUUUUGUAUGAAACUUUCUUUGAAUAAUUUAACUAUUGAUUAUCUAAAGAUUGGAUGUCUAAAUCGUUUGCAUUGAUUUAUUUUGAUGUCUUGGCCGAAAGUGUACAGCAUGAAUAUUGCUAUUUGUACUGUGGUAGAUGUGUAGUGUAUAGAUGUUGUGCUAUAGAUUGUUCUACGGCUGACAGUAUGUAUAGGCCAUUUUAUAAUGUGAAUAAACUUUUUGUAUUUAAAUAA